AUGGCCACUCUUCGCACCGUGUUCAUCCUCGCCUUGGUCCUCGUCUCGCUCCCCGCACUCUAUGCCGCGUCCACGCCACUGCGGGGCGACGUCGCUGCUGGGGGAAGCGCGGGCGAGGACGCGGCGAGUUGGGGGCGCAAGCUGCUGGAAGCGAGCGGCGGUGACCUGGACGUGGGUGGCGAGGAGGAGGAGGUGGGGGAGGCGACGGACGACGGGCUGGACGAGGCGGUGCGGGUGCUGCUGAGCUGGAAGAAGAUCAAGAACGCGGCGAAUCAGGCGGCGAAGAGCGAGGCGGGGCAGAAGGCGGGAGGGUUGGUGAAGAAUGUGGUGAAGAAGGGCGGCAAGGAGGCGCUCACGGCUGCAGUCAACGCGUUCCGCAGCGGCAAGGGCGCCAAGGGUGCCCUGCAGGCGGGCGCUGGCUCUGAGCCACUGGAGGGGGGUAUUUCUCCCUGUGAUAUUCCAUGUCACCCCUUUGCAUCCCUGCGUCUGUCCUUGCCCUUCCACACCCAAGCAGCCCCUGCCAGUGAUGGUCGGGUUCCUGCAGGGCAACCCAGUGAGCCACUGGAGUGGGGGAGUAAACUUGUCAUAGCAACCCUCACCGCUUUGCACCCCUGCAUCCAUCCGUGCCCUUCUCUUCCCUCCUGCACAGCCCCUGCCAGUGAUGGUCGGGUUCCUGCAGGGCAACCCGAUGAGCCACUGGAGCGGGGGAGUCAACCUGUGCGCACAGUUCAACAAUCAUGCGCUUGUGUCUUUCACAGUGGAAGCCCCAUUCACCGCUCUGCACCCUACAUCCGUCCUCGCCUCCCCACCUUCCCAACAGCCGCUGCCAGUUAG